GGUCCCGGCCCGGCUCUCCGUCCCCGCGAACCCAUGGCCGCCUUCCGGCGCUGGAAGGAGCAGCGCCUGGCCCGGGCGGACGAGAGCAGGAAGGGCAGCGUGGACGAGGCCAUCGCGGAGCUAGUGCAGCUCCUCAACGGGCAGGAGCGAUUCUGCACCACCAGCUCCUGCGCCGGCCGCCUCCUGCUCGCGCAGGCCCCCGCCCGAGGUUUCAAUGGCUAUGAGGUACAGAAGAAAAACUGUUCUUGGCUCAUGGUAACGCAUCAACUCUGUGCAAAAGAGGAUGUGAUGACAGCGUUGCAGAAAGCCACUGGUGACACUGUAUUUAAAUUUGAACCAUUCAUUCUUCAUGUGCAGUGUCAAGAGUUGCAGGAUGCACAGCUUCUGCACUCGGUGGCUAUAGAUUCUGGAUUCAGGAACUCUGGUAUUACAGUUGGCAGAAGAGGUAAAAUUAUGAUGGCUGUCCGGAGUACUCAUUGCUUAGAAGUUCCAUUAAGUCACAUGGGGAAAUUGAUGGUCACUGAAGAAUAUGUUGACUUUCUGGUACAGAUAGCUAAUCGGAAGAUGGAAGAAAACAUGAAGAGAAUUGACAGGUUUUACAACUGCCUACAGUUAGCUUUGAAAACUGAACUCAGCAUGAGUAACUCACCUCGUGAGAUGAUACAGAAGACUCAUUCUGUGUACACUCACAGAAGAAAAAGAAAACCAGAUAAAGAGCCUGGCGUGUGCACCUCUUCAGAGAAUAAGGAAGAGUCAGAAACCGAAGAUGACCCAGAAACCAAUCUCAAUAUUUUUUUCUGAAAUCUAUUGAUACAGGAUGCCUAUUUUCUAAUAUAGGUGUAGUUAUGUUAACACAGAUUGCUAGCUUUAAUGAUACUUCUUUUGUACUGCUCUUUAUAAGAGC